AUGAGGACCAGCCCUCGCAGGCCCUUAAUUCUCAAAAGACGGAAACUGACCCUCUCACAGAAGGAUGCAUCCAGUACUUCAGCAAGAGAUGAGAACAAUGGUCAGGGUGAAAAGACUCCUAAGCAGGAGCACAGCCAGGAGGACCAACACAACAGCCAACCCAGAGACAAAAUGGACUGUCCAACACCAGCACAGCAUCUCCCACCAGAGAAGAAAACCAGUGCAGCAACCAAGGCUGCCAACGGUCAAGAAAGAGACAAGAAUGUUACACAGGCACCUGGUCUUGCAGGAGGGACGAUGCUCUGGCAUUCAGGAAUUGACUCUGUGGUUGGACAGGAACAGGAGAGCAACAGCAGUGGCGAGACAAUGAGCUCUGUGUUGGACAAUAGUCUCACUAACAUCCAGUGGCUGGGGAAGAUGAGAUCUGAUGGGCUAAGUCCCUGUUCUGUGAAGCAAGACACGGAGAAAGAGAACCAGAUGCCUCUGCGGGAAAAAAUCAAGACUGAAGAAGAUUCUGCUGCUGCUGCUAUUCCUACUGUCACCACCUCCUCCUCCUCAUGGCAGGAUUCAGUAUCAGAACGACCUCCCUACUCCUACAUGGCCAUGAUCCAGUUUGCCAUCAACAGCACUGAGAAGAAGCGUAUGACUCUGAAGGACAUCUAUACCUGGAUUGAGGAUCAUUUCCCAUAUUUUAAACACGUGGCUAAGCCAGGUUGGAAGAACUCCAUCCGGCACAACCUGUCCCUUCAUGAUAUGUUUGUCCGUGAGACAUCUGCUAAUGGUAAAAUCUCGUUCUGGACUAUUCACCCUGAUGCAAACCGUUGCCUGACAUUGGACCAGGUAUUUAAGCCGCUGGACUUGGGGUCACCAACAUCGCCUGAGCACUCUGAAUCACAGCAAAAGCGACAUCUUCCUGAUCCCCAGAAGAACAUGGGAAGCAACAGCAGCAGCAAAACUGAACCCCAGAAUGCACGCCGAAAGAUGAAGCCUUUGCUUCCUCGCAUCAACUCCUACCUGGUUCCGAUCCAGUUUCCUUUGAGUCAGCCUCUUGUCUUGCAGCCUUCUAUGAAGGUUCCUCUAUCCAUGGCACAGGGAGCAUCCCUCAACAGCUCAGAGACUUUCCGGAGCAAUAAGCGUGUGCGCAUUGCUCCAAAGAUGUCAUUCUCUACAGAAGAGUCAUCCUCUUUACCCAUGGCUGCUGUCAAGGAGGAGAGUCAAUGUGAUGAAGGUUUACUUUCCCCAACUCAUUCCCUAAAGGAGAGUAGCUCCCAGCCUGCUGAGGAAUCAGCUUCUUUCCCUGAGAGCAUCUGUAUAAAGGAGGAAGAAGGCUCUCAACUGGAUGACUGGCUGUCCCCGUUUGCCUCAACCGUAACAGUAAAGGAAGAGCCAGGGUUGUUCCUCCCAGUCUCAUCCACAAAGGAGAAGAAACAAUUCACCAUACUGAAGUCACCAUCUAAGGGUGUUUCUGACACGUUAGUUAUAAAGAGGAGGGAAAGGCGGGAAAUGGGCAGAUCCAGAAGGAAACAACGCCUAGCGCUGCCUUGCUCAGAAGAGCCUGUCCUUGUUUUGCCAGAAAGCAAUGGCUUUGACCCUUUCCGGUUAGGGGCAGACCCCCCCUUCCUGCAGGAAAGCCAGCCUCUUGAGAAUGUAUCACAGCUCAGCUGCUCGCAGGGGGAAGAGGGGCCCUUUAAAACACCAGUCAAGGAGAUGUUCAGCAAAUUGCCAGUUUCCUCCACUCCCAGCAAAGUCUCAGCAACUACUACCCCCCCGCUAGGGGGCCUUGACCCCUGGAAGUCUGUAUCCUCAGCCAAGGGAAGUCACGAGCUGGACUUCAGUCCAGUGAGAACCCUUCAGUUGCCAUUCACACCCCUCCAGGAGAACCAGGACUUGCUGGGUUUUAACAGCACACCCCUUAAAAACCCCCUUUUUGAGUCCCCUCGGGAACUGCUCAAUACAGAAUCCAGUGACAUGGUGCAUGUCCCCCUCACAAGCUCUCCAGCUUUUAUUCAUGAGUCUACUAAGCAAUCAUCUGCUGAACUGCCAGCCUCUGGCUUUACUGAAAACCGGUCACUCAUGGAGGGCCUGAUCCUGGACACCAUGAAUGACAGUCUGAGCAAAAUCCUUCUGGAUAUCAGCUUUCCUGGUCUUGAGGAUGAAAACUUAGGAACGGACAUCAGUUGGUCUCAGCUCAUACCUGAACUGAAGUAAACUGGCCUGAGGGCUGAAUUUGGCUUGUUCUGGUAUUACAGAAAGCACUCGACUUUUCUGAGAUCUGUUCAC